CCUCCGCCGGCUCUCCCGCCUCGGUGCCGCUCCCCGCGCCGUCCGUGCCCCUCGAGCUCCCGGCUCCCGGCCCCGGCAGCAUGACGGGCCGCUCCCUUCGGCUCGCGUCUCCCCUCCGGACCUUUGCCAGGACUCUCCUGCUUCUGGGUCUGUUUGCAAGCAGCAGCCACCAGUCCUGUCCCCUGGGGGAAUUCCCUUGUGGCAAUAUCAGCACCUGCCUUCCUCAGCUCCUUCACUGCAAUGGCCACGAGGACUGUGCCAAUGGGGCCGAUGAGGAAAACUGCGUGGACAACAGUGGAUGGCCACACCUCUUGGACAUGCUUUACAGAAUGAAUGGAAACCAGCUGAGGCCUGAAGACGGCUUACUGGAGUGCAGCCUGGAAUUCUACCCCACGGGGUGCCUGUGCUGGGGGCAGACAGUCGACUGCACGGCUCAAGGCUUGAGCGAGGUGCCCAUGGUCUCUGACAACGUUUCUCUUCUGAACCUCCAGGAUAAUCAAAUCCUCCAGCUCCGGGAGAACCAGUUCAUCGGCUACCAGAACCUGGAAGGGCUCCUCCUGCAGAACAACGGUCUCCAAUCUGUAGCUCCCGGGGCGUUUGCUGGCUUAGUAGAGCUAAAAAAGCUGUUCCUGAGUCACAAUCAGAUCCACUCCCUUCCUCCAAGACUCUUUGAGGACCUCUACCAACUAGAAUGGCUGAUGCUGGACAACAACCAGAUCACGGAAUUACCGUCUGACGCCUUCCUGGGGCUGACAUCCCUGUACUUUCUGUGAGUUCCAGUCCUGCCCCCUGGAGUGCUCCAGCACCCUGGGGAGCACAGACAGUGUUUGUGUAUAUGUGGAGGAGGGUGCAUGUGGGGGGGGGGGGAGGAGGGCACCUCGGCCACCCUGGAGAGAGAUGGGCUCAGGCCCCGACUGGUCACUCAACAAGGCUGCUCCUGCUUCCACAUCACACCUCACUCCAUGCACAGAACACCCAUACACCUCGUUCCUCCCCGGUUCCGUGUGCGAGUGCCCUCUGCUUAUCAAGACUGGGUGGUUCCUGAAGGCAGAUGCAAUGUCUGGUGCUCCGGAUCCUCCGGGACACUUCUGCACCAAUCAUCCCUUCAUCCCCUCCUUCAUUCCACAAAGCUAUUGUCAUUUCUUCCACCACUCUGUGCUCGACGCUAAAAAGGAGACAGAAACGAAUAGGGCCUGGUCCCUGACCGCAAGGGGCUCACGGCCUCUGAGGGGAUGAGACAAGUAACUGGACCGCACACACAGUGAUUAGCUCCCAAGACAACACCACGUGAGGGAGGGAGGGGGGAUUUCAAAGGAAGGAGGCGUCACUUCCUGCCCCCUCACACCAGAGCUGAGCCUCAAAGGAGAAGCCAAAAACAUGUCCGGGGACUGAGGUAGUUCGGAGGACAGAGGGUAAGUGGGGGGGCCCAGCCUCUCAAGCCAGCCAAGGUGCCGCAAUGGCGCCGGAUCCAGGGACCAUAGCUGGUAAAUACUUGAGAGACGCCACCCAUUGCUCACCUCCACGCGAUGUCGAGCUGUCGCUGCCUCUUGCUGCACAUCAGCCGGCCUGGCUCCCACCCUACGCCUGCCAUUGUCUGCCAUUGUGUGACCGACUGUCUUUCACUGUAUGAAAUUUGCU